AUGUCGCAACAAACAUUAAAUGGAUUUGGAUUUUUUAAGUCCUCUAGUGGUGUUAAAAGAGCUUUAGAAUCAGACUCAGAAACUGUUGAAAGUCCCAAAAAGAAAUUUAUCAAAAACUUAAAUCAGGAUAGUUUUGAAUGGUACGUUGCUGAUGAAAAUGGUGUGUGGCAUUGUUCUGUGUGUCGUGAAUGUAAAUUGGAUAACGCAUAUGCACGUGGUCACUCGAAGCCGGGGAAAACUACAAAUCACACCAGACACGCUGACUCUAACCAGCACAAGGCUUCAGUCACCAGAUUAAAAUACAAGGGUAAAGAGUCGUUACCAAAACAGGUUGACAACAUUCUCACCAAAGAAGCUGACAGCAUUACAUCCUACAUGAAAUGUGCUUACCAUCAGGCCAAACAUGAACUUCCAAAAUCAGCCUUCAAAGAACUCAUUGAUCUUGCAGACAAUUUAAAUGUUGAACUUAUCAAAGACAAAUCUUGUGAACCUCUGUACACAUCCAAUUACAGUCUGAAUGAAUUCCACCAAUCAAUCAGUGAUGUCAUUUGGGAGGGCAAGUAUGAAGCUAUUAUUCGUUCACAAAAGUAUGGAUUAAUUAUUGACGAGAGCACAGACAUUGGAAACAAAAAACAGUUACUUGCCUACAUACAGUAUCUUGAUGAGGAUGGUGUAAAAUGUGCUCUUCUUGAAAACAUGUUGAUAACUACAUCUCACGCAAAUGCAGAAACAAUCACAUGUAAGAUAAAAGACUGUCUAGAAAGAAAACAAAUUGACAUUAGUAAAAUGGUAGGCAUAGGAACUGAUGGUGCGUCUGUGAUGACAGGAAGUAAGAAUGGUGUUGUUAAGAGACUGAAAGACUUUGCUCCCUCUUUAAUUGGUGUACAUUGUGCUGCUCAUCGUUGUUCUCUAGCUACUUCCCAAGCUACAAAAUCUAUCCCUGAACUGGAAUCAUACAGUAGAACAGUCACAAAUAUAUUCUACUACUUCUCCAAUUCUGCCUUGAGGUCCAAUAAAUUAUCAGAAAUUCAGUCUCUGCUAAAUCUUCCAUCCCUGAAGUUUGCCAACAUCCAUUCAGUCCGAUGGCUUUCACUUCAGAAUGCUGUUGAAGUUUUGUACCGCUCGUAUCCUGCAUUAGUUGUAGCACUUGAACAUGAAGCUGUAACCAACAGUGUAGCAAAAGGACUAUUAAAUGAAGUUGUAUAA